AGCCUAGCUUAGCUUAGCUUAGCUCCAGCAUGAGGCUGAAAGUGGGCUUCCUCCUCCGGAGUUUGCUGGUCGUCGGGACGUUCCUGGCUCUGGUGGUGCUCUGGUCGUCUCUGUCGCCGAAGCCCACCGACGACGACCCCUUCAGGAAGCGGGAGGACGGCCUGCUGCCCAACAGAGAGCCCGGGGACCAGUUUAAGCCGGUGGUGCCCUGGCCUCACGUGGAGGGGGUGGAGGUCGACCUGAACUCCAUCAGGCAGAAACACGGGGAGGCCAACCCCCAGCAGGACCCCGUCCAGCAGCCUGACCAGAAGCAGGUCAUCCAGCAGCAGUAUGUGACCUUCAGGCCUCACACGCACGACUACACCAGCCCCGUCCUGAAGAGAGGCGUCCUGGGAAACUUUGAGCCACAGGAGCCAGAACCUCCAGGGGUUCCCGGGGGUCCCGGAGAGGGAGCCAAACCAUUCGUCCUGGGUCCAGAGUACAAAGACUCGGUGCAAGCUUCUAUCAAGGAGUUUGGCUUCAACAUGGUGGCCAGUGAUAUGAUCUCGCUGGACCGGAGCAUCAGUGAUAUACGACAUGAAGAGUGUAAGUUCUGGCACUAUGAUGACCGACUGCUGACCUCCAGCGUGAUAAUCGUCUUCCAUAACGAGGGCUGGUCCACUCUCAUGAGGACCAUCCACAGUGUCAUCAAGAGGACUCCCCGGAGAUACCUGGCUGAGAUCGUCAUGAUCGACGACUAUAGCAACAAAGUGCACCUGAAGGAGCGCCUGGAGGACUACAUCAAGCAGUGGAACGGUCUGGUCAAAGUCUUCAGGAACGAGAAGAGAGAGGGACUCAUACAGGCCCGUAGCAUCGGAGCCAAGAAGGCCACCAAAGGACAGGUUCUGAUCUACCUGGACGCUCACUGCGAGGUCGCAGUCAACUGGUACGCUCCGCUGGUGGCCCCCAUUUCAAAGGACAGAACGGUCUGCACGGUGCCCCUGAUCGACUCCAUCCACGGCCAGAGCUUCAUCAUCGAGGCCCAGGGGGGCGGAGACAGCAACGGCUUCGCUAGAGGAGCCUGGGACUGGAGCAUGCUCUGGAAGCGCGUGCCCCUGGGGGACAGGGAAAAAAACCUCCGAAAAACCAUAACCGAGCCCUAUAGGUCCCCCGCCAUGGCCGGAGGGCUCUUUGCCAUCGAGAGGGACUUCUUCUUUGAGCUGGGUCUGUACGACCCGGGCCUGCAGAUCUGGGGGGGAGAGAAUUUUGAAAUAUCGUACAAGAUCUGGCAGUGCGGGGGCCAGCUCCUCUUCGUGCCGUGUUCCCGCGUGGGCCACAUCUACAGACUCCAGGGCUGGCAGGGGAACCCCCCGCCCGCACACGUGGGCUCAUCCCCCACCCUGAAGAACUACGUGCGCGUGGUGGAGGUCUGGUGGGACGAAUACAAAGACUACUUCUACGCCAGCCGCCCCGAGACGCUCACCCUGGCCUACGGAGACAUCAGCGACCUGAAGCGCUUCAGGGAGGAGCAUCGAUGCAAGAGCUUCAAGUGGUUCAUGGAGGAAAUAGCGUACGACAUCCCGCUGCACUACCCGCUGCCCCCCAAAAACCUGGAGUGGGGGGAGAUCCGAGGCUUCGAGACCGGCUACUGUAUCGACAGCAUGGGCCACACCAACGGAGGCAGUGUGGAAAUAGGCCCGUGCCACAGGAUGGGGGGCAACCAGUUGUUCCGGAUCAACGAAGCCAACCAGCUGAUGCAGUAUGACCAGUGCCUGACCAGAGGAGACAGCUCGGCCGUCAUCAUCACACACUGCGACCAGAAGCAGUUCACAGAGUGGAGGUACUUCAAGUUAGGGGAGUGGGACCCGGCGUCCGUCCCAGUGGGCAGAGACCGGCCGGAUCCCAGCUCUCGCAGAGGCCGAGGGCUCCGGCCGUCAGGCUGGACCGAGCCCCGGCCGGCGCUUUUUUUUUACGGUGGUUGA